AUGGGAGUCAAUGGAAGCAGUAUUUGUGAGAAAGGAAGCCAUCAAUUGAAGAAGAAGAAGAGAGGAAGAGACGGACUAACAUUUAUUAUUGCACCAUGCAGUAGUCCCUCGCCAUCUGACAGCUAUGGUUCCUAUGUUGGAAUAAUGGAUCCAGCACAAGACGGUCAUGCUACUGGUCAAUUAGUUGUGGAGUUUGACACAUACAAGAAUACAGGUGAUUUGGAUGCAAAUCACAUUGCGAUUGUCACAAAAAGUGUAAUACAUCCAAUUCAAGCUAGGAGUCUCAAUUAUACCAGAAUUGACCUGAAAAGUGGAAGAGACAUCAAGGUUCUAAUAGUAUUGGAUGGGAGGACAAAGUCAAUUAGAGUGCACAUUGGAUAUGCAUCUAAUCCAAUAGGUGAGACUUUUCUUGAGGUGCCUAUUGACAUCCCAAGUACCCUGCCAAGCUUCAUCUAUGUGGGAUUCACAGCAUCAACAGGGCUUCUCACUGAGCGUCAUCAGAUUCUCAACUGGAAUUUAGCAUCAUUUCCAAUAAAAAAAUGA